GUAAAGACUUUCUUCCCUUUUCGGUGUUUUUGGUUAAACACAGGGACGUUUUGACCUGGAUUCCCACAUUCCUCCACUGAAAGCCAGCAGAUUAACCUCAACACUUUUCUUCCAAACAUGUUAUGUCUUGUUGUAGACCAAGGAAGGGAGGGAAAGGUCAAAGGGCAUCCCAGUCACAUGACAUUUCAGUGACUGGAUGGCUUUAAAGGAAGCCAUUUUUCCAUAUUUGCAGCAUGUCCAUGUUUAUGUGAGGACUUCAUAUUAAAGAAAUAUUGACUGUUUAGUGUUUUCUGGUGUUAGCUGAAUGUAACCAUUUCUCUGUAAUGAUAUGAAUAUAUAACUAUAGAGGAGAGCUUUACUGUAUUUAGUUGUGAUCUCAUCAGCAUGUUUGUGUGGCUCAUUCAUGUUGUCUUCCUAAAAGUGAUCUGUUAUAAAAUAAAACUGCCUUGUUUAACAGUUUUCCUUUGGAAGAUGUGUGUAUUAUCUACUGUUGGUGUGUGUGUGUGUGUGUGUGUGAGAGAAACGGCACACUGUACUGUAACUUCAUUCUGUUGUACCUUUGCAGCUUCCACUUGUCUGUCUGCUGCAAAAUGGCUAAACAAUCAGAAAUCUGUUUUGUUUUAAUAAAUGAUGAAACUUGGAGGACUAGUGGACUCACAUUUCAACACUAGGCUACUGAUUUUUGUGAAACUCCUGAAAUUAAAUCAAAACAUGGAAGAUUUCAAAAGUAAAGUAAGGAAGAGAGAAGUAGGAGACACAGAAAACAAAACCUCUCCAGAACCACAGUGAUCAAGACAACUCAGAUCUGUUGAUGAUGCUCUUGAAUCUCCCUUUAAUAAAACAGAACCUGUAGCUGAUGCUGGCCUCAGUCAAACAAUUGAAAGAGAAACUGCUUCUUAGACACUAUGAUUUCAUCUUUUAUUCUUUUACUGUCUGAGUUUUUAUUAGUUUUCUUUCUUUUUCCUUAAAAAAAAAAUAUAUAUUUAUAUUAUUUAUUUUUUUUGCAUUGCUGUAUUCCUACAGAAAUUGCAUUGUUGUAUAAACAACAUUUUGGAUUAAUUAAAACAGUCAAGAUGCACUUUUUCACUGCUCAGAAUAUUAAUAACUGUUGGUUUUUAAACAGAAUUUUGUUCAGUUCAGUUUAUUCACAGCACAAACCUAAACCAAAGUACUCACUUUUGUUGAAGAUAGUAACACAAAAAUCAUCAGAAGACACUUUGCAGGUCAAAAACAAAUUAGUCUCCUACAAUAUAUGUAUCUCCUAAAUAAUAAUUAUAUAAAAAAUAAAUUAAAAAUUACCCUUAAAACUCUUUACAAUGUGGACUUGAGGAUAAAAUAGCUGAUCAAUCAUCAGAAUAGAGAUUACUAAUGAUUUUUAACAUAUUUUCCCAUCAUUCUGGGGAAAAAGGUAUUAAUCAAAUCAUGACAUCACAUCAUAUUCCCUCUUUGGUUUCCAGGAUCUUCACUUUGCUUUAAAUCUUUGUCUUUAGUCCUACCCACAUGUGGAUGACUGAGAGUCACAGCCUGUCCCCACCUUCAGACCCCGCGCUCAGAUUAAAGGCUCAUUCCGCCCUGCAGGAUCUCUUGCUUCCCUCCACCUGAUCUCCAUGGAGAUGGACUGCCAUGCUUAUGAGCUAGACUCCAUAGAUGUCCCUCCUCUCACCCCAACCAGUAAGGAAGUCCUGAGCAAGGCUGUUCAGGCCAGUUUCUCUGGUUUUGCCCAGGAGAUUAUCAACCACCACUUUCCACAGGAUCCAAGCUUGUGGUCAGAAUGGGAGGUGAGCCACUGGUUGGACUGGUGCCAGGCUGAGUUCGGCCUCCAUGGCUCAGAGCUGAGGGGUCUGCAGGGCAGCCAGCUGUGUGGGCUGGACAGGGAGGCCUUCCUGGGCCUGAUGGCCGACUGCACUGCAGGAGAGAUCCUGUGGGAGCACCUGGAGACCCUGAGGGGGGAGAACGACCAUAACUUCAGCUCUUCAUUAAGCAGCAGCAGAGCGUCAUGUUCCUACCAGCUUCAGCACACAGAGAACUACUCAGACUACAUCCAGGAUCAACAGAAUGAGAGACUUCACUAUCAUUCAGCUCACAGUUCAGACCUCCACACUCUGGAUCCAGUUUCUGCCCCACGUGAAGGUCACAGUCUGAUGAACGCAGAGGAAUCCAUCAGUUCUGCUUUUCUGAUACCAGAAAUACACAGAGAAACACACUUGGAGGAGAGGGUUGCUACCAGCAGACGGCCCCGCACCGUCAGGCCACGGGCUUUGACUGUUCCCCUCACUGAUUUACAGCCUCUGGACGACAGAGUGCCUGAUGAUGCCUUCAUGCUGCCACAGAAACACGGGAGCUUCAAAGACUAUGUAGGCAGCAAAACACAUGUGGGCAAAGCUGUGAUACCAGCAGCCAUUUUAGCUGGUUACACUGGUAGUGGGCCAAUCCAGCUGUGGCAGUUUCUGCUGGAGCUCCUAACAGAUCGCAGCUGUCAGUCCUGCAUCAGCUGGACUGGAGAUGAGUGGGAAUUCAAACUGACCGACCCUGAUGAGGUAGCUCUGCUUUGGGGAAAGAGGAAAAACAAACCCAAGAUGAAUUAUGAGAAACUCAGUCGGGGCCUGCGCUACUACUACGACAAGAACAUCAUCCGCAAGACAGCCGGCAAGCGCUACGUCUACCGCUUUGUGUGCAACCUGCAGGGCCUGCUGGGAUACGAGCCAGGGGAGCUGCAUGCCAUGUUGGACGUCAGCAGCAAGACGAGCUCAGGAAGGCAAUAACCAGAGACCAGUCCAGCAACUCUUUUUUAAUAAUAUUUUAUUAUUUUUAUAUGAUUGUUGGCAGCAGAAGUGGUGGAUCAACAUGCUCUGUCUUUCACUGCAAAAAUGUCCAAAGAAAUAAACAUAUUUAUAUUCAUGUGGCAUUAUUUUUUGGGGUGAAGUUGAAGUAAAAAAGUUAUCAUAUUAUAAUUAUUAUUAUUGCAGGAGUUCCUAUGUCCCUAUGUAGAGGGAUCCCUGCUCCAACACAGCUAAAACAAAUAGCUGAAAUAUUUCCUCAGCAUGAAGUCAAGUUAUGCAGAGGUCUGGUCAUUUGACUGAAAUGUUCUGGAGAAGAGAUGCAGACAGCAGCAGCUACUAUGUCGCCUUUUAUUAUUAUUUUGACGGACUAGCUACGAUUAUGAAAAUUAUUUUUAUUAGCUAGAGGCUAAAUUAAGAAAGACACUUUUUGAAGUGUUUUUGAAGUGAAAUUCAGGGGUUGUCUGAAUUUCCACAAUAUGUUGGACAGUCGGCUUUUAAACUGUAUGACAGGUAAAAUAUUUAGAGUUCCCUUCCACAAGGUUUUCAUAAUAGUUGCUGGAAUUUAAACACACUCCUCUGUACAGAACUGGUAGAACUGGGUUAGGUUUGUAGGUCACUUUUCUCACACACUCCUUAAGCUCUGUCUGCAAGUUAUUCAUGGGAAUAAAAAUCAGUACUUCGUGUUGGAGUGGCUAAUUUUUUAAAUCUUUUCUGGCUUGAGAUGUUGCUUCACUAUAAUUAGAUCCAAUUCAAUGCACUUCAUUAUACCAAUUCACAACAAAUGUCAAGGUCCCUUACAAAAAAAUCCCUUCAAUUAAAUCACACAUACAUUCCAGUUGAUCCUAGUUAUCAUACAAUAUGCUUAUUUAAUUAUUCAAAGCAGAUUCAAAAGUUACUAUAAGGAAACCCAGCAGAGCAUCAAGUCUGACCUGCAGGGUUCAGUCAUCCUGGAUGAGAACAUAGAGACAAUCACUUGUGUUGUCUCAUUGACUUUACAGCAAUCCCUCAUACAGAGCGUGCAUGUAGUGACAGUGGAGAGGAAAAACUCCUCUUUAACAGGAAGAAACCUCCAGCAGAACCAGAACCUGGCUCAGUAUAAGCAGCAAUAAAAUAUAUUAAGGUAAAUAUUAUAGAUCUCUCUCAUUAUUUUUGGCAUUUAGGAAAUAGAAAUAAAACUUUUUGCAGUCAUAGCUAAUUUAAAACAGAAACAGUUUAAUAUAAACUAAAGUAACAGGAAUAAAGGUGAUGUGUGAAUAUUUCUGGGUUCCAGUUUUUAUGAAUGUGGCUUAGCAAAAAGGGGUUGCCGCUUUGUUUAUAAUUUUUUGCUUGUUUUUCAGUGUAAACAUUCGUUCCUAAACUUAAAGACUUCUGUACAUCCACCCAGGGUGUCAGAAUGAUGGAAGAGUUCUGCAUGAGGGUGGAGCACAAAUCAAGGGAAAGGAAAAUGUCUGAAUGCAGUCAUUUAUGAUAAUGAAUCCUUUAUUCUGUUUAUUCAGUGUCUACGCAGCCAUAUGUAGAGAUCAGAAUGUCUUAUUUUAAAGUACCAGCUGACUUGUGAUGUGAUUUUCUCCAUCACAGAGCAGGAGAACUGAAACAGGCAGAGGGAGGAUUACUUCCACCACUCACCCUGCCAAGAGCUGCUAAUGGAAGAGCCGAGUGUCUGGUGGUCAGCAUGGCUGCCACUCAGAACGGAACAGAGCUGAACAAUCACAUCAUCCAUGUCAUUUACUCUAAAGGAGGGGGCCGGGGGGGAUGUGAGUCACAGCAGCAACAAGAGGGAACCACAGAGAGGAGCUAAUGUUAUCCAAACCAUCUCUGGUUUUACCUCAUGAUGACACAUCACUACAUGUACCUGUAGAGCACACAGUAAGGCCCAAAGGUAUUCCUCCCACAGAGGAAUUAGAUUUAGGUUUAAUCUUUUAAUUUGUCCACAAUGUGUCUUCUGACUGGAAAUAAUAGUAAUGUUUUGGAACGAGAGAAUGGAAUCUAAAAGGUAAAGAUGGCGCCGAGCCUCAAUGUAAAUCCAGGUAAAUAAUCACAAUACCAGUGGAAACAUUCAAACAGGCGUUUCUAUUGAUUAUUGAGAAAGGUAUUAAUUAAUUUUGACUAAAUAGCAUGUAAU